GUCGGUUUGGACGGACCUCGAGAUAUUUGAAGCUGAGAGAUGCUGUAACGUCUAGCCACAGCACAGGUUCCGAAUCAUGUUAGCUGUGACGUUCUGUGAACGUCCCCCUCCCUCACAACCAACUUGUAAUUUCGCCGACAGCAAGAGAAUUUCAUUCCGAAACGCUCAUGCCUCAGUGCCUAAGCACAAUUUCUCGACUGGGUCUCCAUUAUUUUCUAGAAAUGUGAGGUGGAUUGCCUGCCGACGCAAAUUCAAUGCAAAACCGACCAACUCGGAGAUUGGUACUGACCAAGCUACCCAACUCCCUCAGGAGGAAAUCACAGUCUCUCGAAAUGGCAACAACCCAUCAACCAGUUUUUUGUCUCUUCUUUGUCCUCUGCUAAGGCUUUUCAAUGGAAGUGAUCCAUCUAAGAAUCGCAACAAUGUUUUAGAGGUAGCAACAUCUUCAUUAUCUACAUUGGCAAGAUAUCCAUGGGGUUCAAGAUCUCUACCUAAUGACCAAGAGCUUGCUAAAGAAGAACCUCCUAUGUGUUUGCAACUCUUUGAAUUUGAGGCAUGCCCUUUCUGCAGGAGAGUUCGAGAGGCCAUGACUGAGCUGGAUCUUUCUGUAGAGGUCUAUCCUUGCCCAAAAGGUUCUUUAAGACAUAGGGAGAUGGUUAAAAGCUAUGGUGGCAAGGAACAAAUUUUUUGCAGGUUCCCUUUCCUCAUUGAUCCAAAUACCGGUGUUUCAAUGUAUGAAAGUGGUGACAUUGUGAAAUACUUAUUCCAACAGUAUGGUGGAGGAAGAAGUCCUUCUUUUGGGCUAUUGGAAAGCACACUGUUGACUGGAUGGAUGCCCACAAUUCUCCGAGCUGGUAGAGGGAUGAUGCUCUGGGACAAAGCCAGAUUGGAGCCACCACCUAAAAAGUUGGAACUUUUCUCAUUUGAAAAUAAUCCAUAUGCACGGAUUGUGCGUGAGGCACUUUGUGAGUUGGAACUUCCUUACAUCCUUCAAAACGUGGGAGAAGGAUCCUCAAAGUCCAAAUUACUUCUUGAGAUAUCUGGUUCCAAAGAGGUACCUUACCUUGUUGAUCCCAAUACUGGAACUCAAGCGAGUGACUACAAGAAAAUCUUAUCAUAUUUGUUUGAGACAUAUUCAUCAGAAAAAUAGUUUGCCUUCUCUCUUAUCACAGUAUGAUUAUCAGAUGUGCUAUUAAUCCCCUCACUGUUCUAUGACAUUGUUAAAUAUUGUAAAGAGCACAGGAAUAGGGAUUGGAAUUGGAAAUCUGUUUCUUUCAUGUGUCAUUUUUUCAUUGUUCAUUGGAGUCUGAGUACUUCAUAUAGCGCCAUAGCUUUAA